AAGCGAAGGGAAGCGGCCAUUCGGAGAGGGGCCAAAGGGGGGCGUUUCUUCAGCAAGGGCGGGCAGCUGCUGGCCUGAUUGGCCGCGGUGUCGUUUCCACCCCCGAAGGCGAAUAGAGUCUUAGAAUCCGCCUGCCGGGAUGGAGCGUUUUGUGGGUCGCCGGGCUCUGGUGACCGGGGCGGGCAAAGGGAUCGGCCGAGCUGUGGCUGCAGCCUUGAGCCGGGCCGGGGCACAGGUGGUGGCGCUGAGCCGGACCCAGGCGGACCUCGACUGCCUGCAGGAAGAGUGCCCUGGAAUUCAGACAGUGUGUGUGGAUUUGGGAGACUGGGAGGCCACAGAGGCAGCAUUGAACGAAGUGGGCGAUAUUGAUCUACUGGUGAAUAAUGCUGGGAUAGCAUUGCUGCAGCCAUUCCUAGAGGUGACUAAGGAGGCCUUUGACAGGUCUUUCAAUGUCAACCUUCGGGCUGCCCUGCAGAUCUCCCAGAUUGUCGCUCGGAAGCUAAUUGCUCGAGGAGCUCCAGGUGCAAUAGUGAAUGUCUCAAGCCAGGCCUCACAGAGGGCUUUGCUCUGUCACACAGUAUACUGUUCCACCAAGAGUGCCUUGGACAUGCUGACCAAAACAAUGGCUCAGGAGCUGGGGCCUCACAAGAUCCGGGUAAACAGUGUUAACCCGACUGUUGUCCUGACUGAGAUGGGACGCCACAAUUGGAGUGAUCCCCAGAAGGCUGCAGCUAUGACAAGCCGUAUCCCAUUGGGGAAGUUUGCAGAGGUGGCUGAUGUGGUGAACAGCAUCCUCUUCCUGCUGAGCGACCAAAGCAACAUGACGACAGGUGUCGUGCUGCCAGUUGAUGGGGGAUUCCUUGUCAGUUAAAGCACAGCGUAUGCUCCAUUCCCUACGGAACUGUGAUCUCAGUUGAUUAUCUAGCCACCCUAAAGGAGUUAUAAAGAAACUGAUCCACUACCAGGACCUCUGGAAUGAGUACAUAAUACAGAUGCCCCUUCCUUCCCCUACUGGUCCUAAACAAAUCAUGACUCCUUACUUAUGGAGAAAUGUUUUAUUGUAUAAAAUAAGAAGUGUUUGGCUCAUCACUCUACACGAUGAUUAAAAACUGGACCUGUUUCCACCCUGA